GUUCACCACCUUAUCUCCGGCCCCAGACUUCCGUUCACCGCCGCGUAUUUUGGCAGCAUCGUCCUCACGCUGUAUUUCUCCCUAGGUCUGCAUAGCACCCUUCUCACCUUCAUUGCGGCUGCCGCUCAGCUAGUUUCGCUUGUUUGGUACAUCGUCUCCUACUUCCCCAUGGGCUCCUCGGGUCUACGUUUUGCUGCGCGCUUUGGAGGAAACCGCGUCGCCGCCUGGAUGAGUGACUAG